UUUGGGUUUCAUGUCAACAAGGCUCUUUUUAUCCUGCUCCCUCAGUCCCAUGCAGACUUUUUUAAUGUCCUCUCAAAUAGACAAAGAGAGUUGCGGGGACCCUGGAACUCCUCUCUAUGGAAUUAGAGAGGGGGACAGCUUUUCGAAUGGGGGAAUCCUGAGGUUUGAGUGCCAGUUUGGCUUCGAGCUGAUUGGUGAAAAAACCAUAUCUUGCCAGGACAACAAUCAGUGGUCUGCAAACAUCCCUAUAUGCAUAUUCCCCUGCAUGUCCAACUUCACAGCCCCCUCGGGAACCGUCCUCUCUCCGGAUUACCCAGAAGGCUACGGGAACAACAUGAAUUGCGUCUGGCUCAUCCAAUCGGACCCGGGCUCAAGAAUACACUUGGCGUUUAACGACUUUGACCUGGAGGCGCCGUACGAUUCGCUGACGGUGAAAGACGGCGAGACGAACGACGCCGUGGUUAUCGGGAGGUUCUCCGGAGCCGAGAGUCCCUCCCAUCUGACGUCCAACACCAACACACUGAGGCUGGAGUUUCAGGCUGAUCACUCUAUGUCCGGAAGAGGAUUUAACAUCACAUACAGCACCUUUGGCCAUAACGAAUGCCCAGACCCCGGUAUUCCCAUCAAUGCCCGGCGCUUUGGAGACAGCUUCCAGCUUGGCAGCUCCAUUUCUGUGGUGUGUGAGGAUGGUUUUAUCAAAACUCAAGGAACUGAGACCAUCUCCUGUCAGUUACAAAAAGGAAAAGUCAUGUGGAGUGGGCCCAUUCCAAAAUGUGAAGCUCCGUGUGGAGGCCACUAUUCCGCUCCGAAUGGAGUGAUCUUGUCUCCGGGUUGGCCGGGGUACUAUAAAGAUUCCCUCAGCUGUGAGUGGGUAAUUGAGGCGGAGCCUGGACGUUCCAUCAAAAUAACAUUUGACAGGUUUCAGACAGAGUUGGGGUAUGACUUCCUGGAGAUCCACGAUGGGCCAAACCUCCUGUCUCCCCUGGUCGGUUCCUUUAAUGGCACCCAGGUGCCUCAGUUCCUAUUCAGCAGCAGCAACUUUCUCUAUCUGCUGUUCACGACCGAUAACAGCAGGUCCAAUGCCGGCUUCAAAAUACUAUAUGAAAGUGUUACAGUAGACAGCUACUCAUGCCUGGACCCUGGCAUUCCCGUAAAUGGAAUUCGAUAUGGACAAGACUUUUCAAUCGGGUCCACAGUGUCAUUCGGCUGUGACUCUGGCUACAGACUCAGCCACGAAGAGCCUCUGGUGUGUGAGAAGAACCACUGGUGGAGCCAUCCUUUACCUACAUGUGAUGCUCUGUGUGGCGGAGAUGUUAGAGGUCCCUGGGGAACCAUCCUCAGUCCGGGCUAUCCAGACAGCUACCCUUCAUCUCUCAACUGUACCUGGACCGUUGAAUUCAACUCCUUUCAUCUGGAGGACCAACAUGACUACCUCUUGGUUACGGAGAACGGGAGUUUCCAGCAACCACUGGCUCGCCUGACCGGCAACGAGUUGCCUAGCAACAUUAAUGCCGGUCUCUAUGGAAACUUCAAAGCCCAGCUACGAUUCAUCUCCGACUUUUCUAUUUCAUAUGAGGGCUUCAACAUAACUUUCUCUGAAUAUACUUUGGAACCAUGUGAGGACCCUGGAAUGCCUCGGUUUGGCAGAAGAAACGGUUACAGUUUUGGAGUUGGAGACACUCUGACCUUUUCCUGCAAUAUGGGAUACCGCCUGGAGGGGGCCCCGGAAUUGAUCUGCCUCGGGGGUGGGAGGCGAAUGUGGAGCGCGCCUUUACCCAGAUGCGUUGCCGAGUGUGGUUCGUCAGUUAUAAACAAUGAAGGGAUACUGCUGUCUCCAAACUACCCGAUGAACUACGAUAACAACCACGAGUGCAUCUACAGCAUUCAGGUGCAAGCUGGGAAAGGCAUCAACAUUUCUGCCAGGACUUUUCAUCUCGCUCAGGGAGAUAUUCUCAAGAUUUAUGACGGCAAAGACAACACGGCCCAGGUUCUGGGAGCUUUCACUGGUUCGUCCAUGUUGGGCCUGACGCUGAUUUCCACGUCAAACCAUCUGUGGCUGGAAUUUUACACCGAUGCAGAAAGUACUGGGGAAGGUUUCAAACUAGUUUACUCAAGUUUUGAGUUGUCUCACUGUGAGGACCCCGGCGUGCCUCAGUUCGGCUUCAAAGUCAACGACCAGGGCCACUUCUCCGGAAGCAGCAUCACAUACAGAUGUGAGCCGGGAUACACUCUGCAUGGCGCGUCCACCCUGAAGUGUAUGACCGGUGAAAGGAGAGCCUGGGACAACCCUCUCCCUUCUUGUAUAGCGGAGUGUGGUGGUCGUUUUAAGGGCGAGUCCUCCGGGCGGAUUCUCUCUCCUGGGUACCCCUUCCCUUAUGACAACAACCUGCGUUGCACUUGGACCAUUGAGGUGGAUUCUGGGAAUAUUGUGAGCCUUCAGUUUUUGGCCUUUGACACAGAAGCCAGCCACGACAUGCUGAGGGUUUGGGAUGGCCCGCCUGAGAAUGAAAUGGCUUUAGCGGAGCUGAGCGGAUCUCUGCUCCCUGAGGGAAUCCACUCCACUCUGAACACGGUGACAGUCCAAUUUGAGACCGACUUUUACAUCAGCAAGUCAGGAUUUGCCAUCCAGUUCUCCAGCUCAGUGGCUACAGCCUGCAGGGACCCCGGCGUACCCAUGAAUGGAAGCCGUAGCGGAGACGGCCGUGAACCGGGGGAUUCGGUGUCCUUUCAGUGUGACCCGGGAUACGAGCUCCAGGGGGAUGACAAAAUAACCUGCAUACAAGUGGACAACAGAUACUACUGGCAGCCCAGCCCACCUGUCUGCAUAGCUCCUUGUGGAGGAAACCUGACAGGGUCCAAUGGAUUUAUUCUCUCUCCAAACUACCCACACCCCUACCCCCACUCGAAGGACUGUGAUUGGCUCAUUGCUGUCAACUCUGACUAUGUACUCUCACUGGCUUUCAUCAGUUUCAACAUAGAGCCAAACUACGACUUCCUGUACAUCUACGAUGGCCCGGACAGCAACAGUCCUCUCAUUGGUAGCUUCCAAGACAGCAAACUCCCGGAGCGGAUAGAGAGCAGUUCUAACACCAUGCAUUUAGCCUUCCGCAGUGACGGCUCUGUUUCUUAUAUCGGCUUUCAUCUGGAGUACAAAGCCAAGCUGAGGGAAUCCUGUUUCGAUCCAGGUGUGGUUCUUAACGGCACCAGGCUGGGAUCCGAUUACAAGCUGGGCUCAACAGUAACCUUCUACUGUGAAGCAGGAUAUGUAUUACAGGGCUACUCUACACUAACCUGCAGUAUGGGAGAUGAUGGUAGGCCAGGAUGGAACAGGGCACUGCCUAGUUGUCAAGCUCCCUGUGGCAGUCGAUCUACGGGAUCAGAAGGGACCGUUUUAUCUCCAAACUUCCCCAGAAACUACACCUCAGGACAGAGCUGUGUCUAUUCUGUGUCGGUACCCAAAGAAUUUGUUCUUUUCGGUCAGUUUGUGAUGUUUCAGACAUCUCUGAAUGACGUUGUCGAAAUCUAUGAUGGACCCACCCAACAGAAUACAUUGCUCUCUUCUCUGUCUGGUUCCCACUCUGGUGAAUCUCUCCCUCUGAGUUCAGGAAAUCAGAUCACGAUAAAGUUCACAACCGUCGGGCCCGAAACUGCCAAAGGAUUUCAUUUUGUCUACCAAGCUGUACCCCGGACCAGCUCCACCCAGUGCAGCUCAGUUCCAGAGCCGCGUUUUGGGAAACGUCUCGGUAACGACUUCGCGGUUGGCUCCAUGGUCCAGUUUGAGUGCAACCCUGGAUACGUGCUCCACGGCUCUACCGCUAUCCGUUGCGAGAGUGUUCCAGAUAACCUGGCACAGUGGAAUGACACCUUGCCGACAUGCAUAGUUCCCUGUGGAGGUGCGUUGACCUCUCGCCGUGGGACCAUUUUGUCUCCAGGCUACCCAGAGCCAUACGACAACAACCAGAACUGUGUGUGGAAGGUCUCUGUUCCGGAAGGGGCUGGAAUACAGAUACAAGUAGUGAGUUUUGCCACUGAGCAUAACUGGGACUCGUUGGAUUUCUACGACGGCGCUGACAGCCAUGCACCAAGAUUGGGAAGCUACUCCGGCACCACUAUCCCCCCUCUCCUGAAUAGUACAUCCAACAACCUGUAUCUCAGCUUCAGCUCUGAUAUCAGUGUCUCAGCUGCUGGAUUUCAUCUGGAAUAUACAGCUAUCGGUCUGGAGUCGUGUCCUGAGCCUCAAACUCCAAACUAUGGGAUCAGACAAGGAGACAGGUUCAUGGUCGGGGAUGUUGUGCAGUUUUCAUGCGAACAAGGAUACUCUCUUCAGGGUCAUGCUCACAUCACCUGUAUGCCAGGACCUGUCCGUAGAUGGAACUACCCUGUACCACUUUGUCUGGCUCAGUGUGGUGGGUCCAUGACAGAUGUGAGUGGGGUGAUUUUGAGCCCAGGUUACCCUGGCAACUAUCCCAGUGGAUUAGACUGCACAUGGACGGUCAACUUACCUGUUGGCUUCGGUAUUCAUCUCCAGUUUGUGAACUUCUCUACCGAAGCGAUCCAUGAUUACUUAGAAAUCCGAAGUGGAACGCUUGAGAUGGGCACGGAGAUUGAUCGGUUCAGCGGUCCACUUAUUCCUAAACCUCUGUUCAGCACCACCCACCAGACUAGCUUUUUUUUCCACAGCGACUAUUCCCAAAACAAACCGGGGUUCCACAUCACCUGUCCGGAUCCUCGGCCGUUUCGAAACGGCAUCGUCAUCGGCACGGAUUUCAGCGUGGGGAUGACGGUGUCGUUUGAAUGUCUGCCCGGAUACUCUUUGGACGGAGAAGCUUCUCUCACGUGUUUGCAUGGAACAAGCAGGAACUGGAACCACCCCCUGCCACGGUGUAAAGCAUUGUGUGGGGGGAACAUCACAUCCCUAAAUGGAACCAUUUACUCUCCUGGUCACCCCGAAGAAUACCCAAACUUCCAGGACUGUGUUUGGAGUGUCCGAGUCCCUCCUGGACACGGGAUUUACAUCAACUUCACCGUACUGAGCACUGAGGCCAUUUAUGAUUAUAUCACUGUCUGGGACGGUCCAGAUCAAUCAUCCCCUCAGAUCGGUCAGUUCAGCGGAAACACAGCACUGGAGUCCGUCUACUCCACGUCCAACAUCAUCCUCAUUAAAUUCCACUCUGACUUCUCCGGAGCCGGCUUCUUUGUCUUAAGCUAUCACGCCUACCAAUUAAGGGUUUGCCAGCCUCCUCCAGAAGUGGCCAAUGCUGACAUGCUGAUGGAGGACGGCGAGCUGGAGAUAGGGGACAUCAUCAGAUACAAAUGCCAUCCAGGAUUCUCCCUGGUUGGCAGUGAGAUCCUAACCUGUCGCCUAGGAGAGAGACUGCAGAUGGAUUCAUCACCUCCGACAUGCCAAGUUCAAUGCCCUGCCCACGAUGUGCGGUACGAUUCCUCGGGGGUCAUCCUGAGCCCCGGAUGGCCGGAAAGCUACCCAAACCUGCAAAUGUGCUCGUGGAGCGUUACGGUUGAGAAAGGAUACAAUGUCACCAUAACGUUUGAGAGUUUCCAAACUGAGAGAGAGUUUGAUGUGCUGGAGAUUUUCGACGGUCCCACACCCAACAGUCCCACUCUGGCCACACUAAGCGGUGACCUGCCAACACCCUUUAACGUCACAACCACCGGUCACCAGUUUCUGGUCCGCUGGUCUUCUGACCAUGGCACCAACAAGAGAGGCUUCAGAAUUCGCUAUGUUGCCCUUUACUGCUCCACGCCAGACUCCCCCCUCCACGGCUCCAUCUCCUCUCAGAGUGGGGGUCACGUGAACAGCGUGGUGCGGUGGGCAUGCGACCGCGGAUACCGUCUCAUUGGAAAUGCAACAGCAACUUGCCGCCGCACGCCACUUGGCUACCACGCUUGGGACUCUCCAGUACCAGCCUGUCAAGCUGUCUCAUGCGGACCACCCAAAGCGCCGAUAAACGGUGGUGUACUAACAGCCGACUAUUCUGUGGGUACAAGAGUUUCCUAUUUCUGUAAUGACGGGUACAGACUCUCCAGUAAGGAACUGACAUCUGCCAUCUGUCAACCUGAUGGAACAUGGAGCAACCACAAUAAGAUACCAAGAUGUUCUGUUGUGGUAUGUCCUAGCAUCGGGUCAUUUUCUCUCGAACAUGGCCGCUGGAGGAUUGUCAACGGCUCGCACUAUGAGUACAGAACUCGCAUCGUCUUCACUUGUGAUCCAGGAUACUACAGAUCAGGCCCUGCCCAUAUCCAGUGCCUGGCAAAUGGGGUGUGGAGCUGGAAGAACGAGAGGCCACACUGCCAGGUUAUCUCCUGCGGUGAGCUGCCUUCUCCGCCCAAUGGGAAGAAGAUCGGUACCCAGACAACAUUUGGCGCCACGGCCAUCUUUACCUGCGACGGUGGCUUCAUGCUGGUGGGGUCAGCUGUCAGAGAGUGCCUGUCAUCCGGGCUUUGGAGUGGAACCGAAACACGGUGUUUAGCUGGUCACUGCGGGAUUCCGGAGGGGAUCGUGAACGGUCAGGUGAUUGGGGAGAACUUUGGCUACCGAGACACGGUGGUGUACCAGUGUCUGCCUGGCUAUCGCCUCAUUGGCUCGUCCGUUCGGAUCUGUCUCCAAGACAAUCAGUGGUCAGGACAGCUGCCCAUGUGUAUACCCAUCAGCUGCGGUCAUCCUGGAAGUCCCAUAUAUGGUCGUACCGUGGGGAACGGCUUCAACCUCAACGAUGUGGUCAGCUUUGUUUGUAACCGGGGUUAUGAAAUGGAGGGGCCGGCGCGUGCUCAGUGCCAGGCCAACCGGCAGUGGAGCCACCCGCCCCCGACAUGUAAAGUGGUCAAUUGCUCUGAUCCAGGUAUCCCGGCCAACUCUAUCCGGCAGAGUAAAAUAGAGCAUGGCAACUUUACCUUUGGCACGGUGGUCUUCUAUGACUGUAACCCCGGUUAUUACCUGUUUGGAUCACCUGUAUUGACCUGUCAACCGACCGGACAAUGGGACAAACCCCUACCUGAAUGUAUAGAUUGCGGUCAUCCCGGCUCCCCCCCCAACAGUGUGCUGAGCGGAGAUAAGUUUACGUUUGGUUCAACGGUUCGAUACUCCUGUCUGGGCGGGAGACAGCUGAAAGGGGAAUCAUCCCGGACAUGCCAGCUCAACGGAAUGUGGAGCGUCCCCAUGCCCUUCUGCUCCGGUGAUGUUGCCGGUUCUUGUGGUGAUCCUGGCAUUCCCUCCCAUGGUUCAAGGGAACAAACGGAUUUCAGGAUACGGUCCAAGGUUUACUUCAUUUGCACAGAGGGCUAUGAGCUCAUUGGCUCCUCGGAGAGGAUGUGCUUCCCUAACGGGACCUGGUCAGGCACUCAGCCCUUCUGUAAACCUGUCCAGUGCGGUAAUCCUGGCACUCCCAGUAACGGCAGAGUGUUUCGUCUCGAUGGAACCACAUUCUCCCACUCUGUUAUUUACUCCUGCAUGGACGGCUACCUGCUGACCGGUGCCACCACCCGGCAAUGCCAAGCCAACGGGACGUGGUCAGCGGUACAGCCCAACUGCACCAUGAUAAACUGUGGGGAUCCCGGUAUUCCAGCUAAUGGCCUUCGAUAUGGAGAGGACUUCACAAUUAGUCAGAACGUUUCCUUCCAGUGCCAACCGGGGUACAGAAUGGAGGAGGAUGGGUCUUCUGUGAGAACGUGCACCCAGAAUGGGACAUGGAGCGGCAACAUGCCUUUAUGUACAGCGGUGACCUGCCCGGCUCCCCCCGCCAUCAGCAACGGCGCCCUGCAGGGCAGCGACUUCGAGUGGGGCAGCAGCGUGAGCUACGGCUGCUCGCCGGGGUACGAGCUCUCCUUCCCGGCCGUCCUGACCUGCGUGGCCAACGGCACCUGGAGCGGCAUGCUGCCACAGUGCUUACCCAAGUUUUGCGGCGACCCAGGCACUCUGGUGGGUGGUUUCAGAGAGGGGCGAAGUUUCAUCUAUCAGUCAGAGGUGUCCUUCAGCUGCUCCCUACCCCUGAUACUGGUCGGCACGGCAACACGGCUGUGUGAAAGCGACGGGACCUGGAGUGGAACGCAGCCGCGCUGUAUCGAACCAACCAAAACCAGCUGUGACAAUCCAGGAACGCCACGCUACGGCUCCUUAAAUCGAACUUUUGGUUUCAAGGUCGGCAGCAUGGUGUCGUUUCAGUGUCAGCCCGGUCACUUGAUACAGGGAUCCUCCUCCAGAAUCUGCCAGCCCGAUCUGACUUGGAGCGGAAUUCAACCCGAGUGCAUACCCCACGCCUGUAAGCAGCCGGAGAGCCCGUUCCACGUGGAUGUGGUGGGGAUGGAUCUUCCAGGGUUUGGCUACACGUUGGUGUACAGCUGUCAACAUGGCUACUUCCUAUCAGGGGGCUCUGAGCACCGGGUCUGCAAGAGCGACGCUGGAGAAAAGAAGAAACCCGUGAAACCAGUGACGGGGACCCCCAGCCCAAAAGUUAACGUUCCAGAUGAUGUCUUUGCUCCGAACUACGUAUGGAAGGGUUCUUAUAAUUACCGUGGGAGGAAGCAGCCUAUGACUCUGAGCAUCACCAGCUUCAACUCCACAACCGGGAGAGUUAAUGUUACCCUUAGCAACAGAGUGUAUAAAGCUUCAGAGGCCCGGCUGUUGUUGCUGAUGCACCAAGUGAACUAUGUGAACCAAGGAAGCCAGCUUAAAGACUCAGCUAUCUCCCCUGCCAAGAUUAUCGAUGACUCCUGGACCAUGGAUGGAUUUGUAUCAGCAGAACCCGAUGGUUCCAGUUAUGUAUUCCAAGGUUUUAUUCAGGGAAAAGACUACGGACAGUUUGGACUGCAAAGACUGGGUCUGAAUAUGUCCGAGAGUCAAAACUUGCCACCCCCCCAGCUUGGUACCAACAGUAGUUCCGUGGCUAUUGCCAUUCUGGUGCCUUUCUUUGCUUUGAUCUUUACCGGCUUUGGCUUCUAUCUCUACAAACAAAGAACCACACCAAAAACACAGUACACUGGCUGUUCCGUGCACGAGAACAACAACGGCCAGGCUGCCUUCGAGAACCCCAUGUACAACACCAACGCCAAGGCCGUGGAGGGGAAAGCCGUUAGAUUUGAUCCCAAUCUGAAUACUGUGUGCACU